AUGGAGAGUCUGCUUCAUUACAUCCAGGCCACCCCCGACCAGCUCUUUGAAGAUCUUGGCGCGAUUCUCGAUGCUCUGUUCCAAGCAAUCUUGAAAGACCUUGGUGUUGUUCAUGAGUUCUGUGAUGGAUUUGGGCCACUGGGAAUUGAGGGUUUCCUUGCUAAGUACGGCUGGAAGGCGGCCCGGUCCAAAUAUUGUUACUGUUGCGGCAGUGGUGAAUCCGACCUUGAUGCUGAAAAUGGCUCCGGUGAAUAUGGCUAUUGGGAUUGCGAGUAG